CGAGUGCACUUUCGCAAGACUCCCUCGUUCCGUACAAGCUCGGAGGUGCAUCGUUUUCAUUUAUUUAUUUUUUUCUCGCUUGUACACUCUCAAAAUUAUACGGCCACUCGAGAAAAGCCAUGAAACUGUUCAUCUUAGCACUCGUUGCUUCCAUUCAAUUGGGGUGCAGUAUGUCAGCUGUGAUAACACAGCAGGAGUUCAACAGCGUCCUUCAACGCGUUGGUUCGCCCCAGCCGGCGGCCGACAUCUACCCGAACUUCGCAAGGGCCACCGCUGACUUUACACGCGAAGAAAUCGCCAUGCUGCUCGCUCAGCUCAUCCACGAAAGCGGUGGCUUUCGUUAUCGCGAAGAAAUCGUUUGCACGACGGGCAACCACUGCGAGGGUCUGUACAAGGACGACAUCGGCCGGCCCAACAAGAAUUACUACGGCCGCGGCUUCAUACAGCUGACCUGGGGACGCAACUACAGGGACGCCUCGCGCGCUCUGAACCUCGGGGACUACUUGCUCGACCAUCCGGAGGUCGUGGCUCAGGAUACCAAGGUGGCCAUGGACACGAGCGUCUGGUACUGGAAGGACAGGGUCAGGCCGGAGUUGAGGAAGAGUCCGAACCAAUUUGGGGCCACCACUCGCGCCAUCAACGGGCCCAUCGAGUGCUCGAAAGGCCCGAACGAGAGGGCGCAGAAUAGGUACAAGAUUUACCAACAGGUUGCCGAUGUGCUCAACAUUCGGAACAGGGCGUCGGAGAAUGGCUGCUACAAUUGAUUUCACUUGUCUAAACCUCAUGUUGUACCACUGAUAUUAAAUGAAUAAUAAAAACGAGAGGAUGAACAUA